UUCUUUCACACCCAGGACUUUGGAAGGGUCAGAGAGAGCGCUCCAUGCACUGAAGUGUAACGCUGAUGCUCUCCUGCUGCUUUGCGAGGAUGUCCCUGUUUGCCAUGGGUUUUCUGCUCGUCAUCCUUCAGCCGUCCACCGGGCAGUUCCCCAGAGCCUGUGCAAACACGCCGAGCUUGCUGAGGAAGGAGUGCUGUCCCACAUGGGAUGGAGACGGGUCCCCUUGCGGGGAGUUUUCUGGCAGGGGGUUCUGCGAGAACAUCCUUCUCUCUCAGGCUCCGCUGGGACCACAGUUCCCGUUCUCAGGAGUGGAUGACAGAGAGGACUGGCCUUCUGUGUUUUACAACCGGACGUGUCAGUGCAACGGCAACUUCAUGGGAUUCAACUGCGGGGAGUGCAAGUUUGGUUUCACAGGACCCAGAUGCACUGAAAGGCAAGUGAGAAUAAGAAGAAACAUCUUCCAGCUCACCACCAGGGAGAAGGACAGGUUUCUUGCCUACCUUAACUUGGCGAAGAGCACCCCUAGCCAGGACUAUGUUAUUGCUAUCGGCACGUAUGGUCAGAUGAACAACGGCCUGAACCCGAUGUUCAGAAACAUCAACGUGUAUGAUCUCUUUGUGUGGAUGCAUUAUUAUGCCUCUCGAGACACACUCUUGGGUGGGUCUAAUGUGUGGCGGGAUGUUGAUUUUGCCCAUGAAGCCCCUGGUUUUCUGCCUUGGCAUCGAGCCUUUCUGCUGUUGUGGGAACGUGAGAUUCAGAAGAUAACAGGUGACGAGAGCUUCACCAUCCCCUACUGGGACUGGAGAGAUGCAAGGGACUGUGUGGUCUGCACUGAUGAAUACAUGGGUGGCAGACAUCCCACCAAUCCUAAUUUACUCAGCCCAGCAUCAUUUUUCUCCUCGUGGCAGGUAAUUUGUACUCGAUCUGAAGAGUACAACAGCCGACAGACUUUAUGCAAUGCCGCAAGUGAGGGCCCUAUACUGCGAAAUCCUGGGAACAAUGAUAAAUCAAGGACCCCAAGGCUCCCAUCUUCAGCUGAAGUUGAAUUUUGUCUGACACUGACUAACUAUGAAUCUGGAUCCAUGGAUAAAAUGGCCAAUUUCAGUUUCCGAAACACUUUGGAAGGCUUUGCUGAUCCACGAACUGGAAUAUCAAACAUAUCUCAAAGCGGUUUGCAUAAUGCACUUCACAUCUACAUGAAUGGCUCCAUGUCCCAAGUACAAGGCUCUGCAAAUGAUCCUAUCUUUGUACUACACCACGCAUUUGUUGACAGCAUUUUUGAGCGAUGGUUAAGAAGACACAGGCCCAUGCUAGAAGUUUAUCCAGCAGCCAACGCACCCAUUGGGCACAACCGAGAAAAUUACAUGGUCCCCUUUAUCCCCCUCUACAGAAAUGGAGAAUUUUUUAGAUUCUCAAGAGAGCUGGGAUAUGACUAUGAGUAUAUGCAAGAACCAG